UGACAUUCGUGUGAGGUUUUCGUUUUUCUUGACUUGAAAAUUAUUCAUUCGUGUAAAGUUUACGCUUUUUCGAACUACAAAAAUUUGAAAAUGAUGCGCGCUACUCUACUGGCCACCCAAAUGGGUGGGAUCAAUCGCGCCCUGUUCGCUGGCCGUCAGGUCAUGGCUACCGAUUACUCAACGCUGGUAAUGCUGCCCCUAAAGGGCUUUGAAGGCGCCCCAUUCCGUGGCUGCGUGCCGGUCUAUCGCUUGUGCAGCGGCGGCGGAGGUGAUGGCGACAAGAACAAGAAGCCGCCGACUGGCUUUGCCAUGCCCGCCAUUGGGACCGACUUAGAGGCUACAACCCCGCCAGGCGGGGCUUCCAAGUUGGGCGAAACUUUGACGCUGGAGGGCGUCAAGCCGAUCAUCGACGACGCCCAGGGAAAAGACAACGAGGAAAACCGUCUUUCCCGCUUGAAAAAUAUGAGCCAAGGUUAUGACGGAGCCAAGGAUAAAGGCAACGAGGAAGGGAAAGCCUACCAAAUGAAACUGAAGGGCAAAGCCGAAGAAAGUUCCGGCAAGUCGAAAAUUCCAGUGCCGGAGGCCAAACCCAUAAGCCGCGAGGGCAGCAUCGAGGAGGCAACUGAGCGUAUCAGCAAGCAAUUGGGAGAGCUGGUGGACAAGUUGCCCAACCAGCAGCAGACGGAGAAGUUUUUCUUUCGCACUGUGGCCUUUUUCUACGACCUCAGCUUCCUGGCUGUCACCUGGUCCAUCCACUUUGUGGAGAAGAACAUCUUCGCCAAUCCCACUGUGAAGGCGUACUGGAAGAAGUUCCAUGACAAGAUGGAAAAGUCCAAGAAAGACUAAAACUAAACCCCUCAAAUGGAGGAGCUUCUGUGAUGAUGUAUAUGCACUUAUAAUUUGAUUAUUAAAUAUACAUCAUUCUGAGAAUCUAAA